AUGUACGAUGCAGAAGAGCAUGAAGACCCACGCUCACCGCUCACCCUACCAGAACUCAGAGAACUUCGUAUAUACCUCACGGACUCGGACGAAGAUAACCAUUUCACCGAUAUUUUAUCUAACCUCACUGUUCCCCUGUUACACCACGUCGAAUUCAACACCGGGCUCUCCGAGCAUCCCUGGGUGUCCUCCUUCAUCUCGAUGAUCACUCGUUCAGAUUCUCACAUCGACACACUCAUCCUUGUGACCGAGCAGCUGUCAAAAAACGACAUCGUCACCCUCUUCCUCUUGCCCAAUCUUGCCUCACUGACGCGUAUCCAUAUCGACACCGUCACUUCUUCAAGCAUCCUCCUUGUCAACGAGGUCCUCGACAGGCUGAACCCUCGCAUUGCAGCCAACGAGCCCUCAAUGAAGGCAUGCUUGCUCAAGCUACAGGUCUUGUCUUACGCUGGCGAGUGCAACUUCGACUCCGUUGCAGGUGUCGUUUCACUGAUCAAGUCGCGGGCGAAAUACCUUGCUGAAUGCGGAAGGGACCAGGAAACGGGAUCAAGGAGCCUACAGCACGUUCGUAUAUCUUACAGCAAUCACUACCAAGAUACUGAGAUGACGAUGGUGCUCGACGCGAUUGCAAACAGUUCUAGUUUGGAAGAACUUUCAAGGGAGGCAGGGACGAAGCUGGAGCUCUAUUCUGAUGACUCCGAGGACGCGUUGAAGGAUUCGGACUAUUAUUUUCGUCACUACACCAAGUCGGUAUUCAACUUUUUAGAUUGA